AUUUCGCUUCCUGUGGUCAAAGUCAUCUUGUUCAUCACUCUGCGUCGUGUCUCGCGCCAUCAACUUACUCUACUCAGCCCUUCUUUGCAACUCCAUCAUCCCCAGACCACUCUAUACAGACGCAUCUACAAUGGGCGCAUGGACAGUACUUCAGGAGAGGCAAGCAAUGCUUCUCGAUCCAGCCAUUAGGGAUUGGGUCUUGCUCCCUAUCAUGGUGGUUAUGAUUCUCGUCGGUGUCGUCCGUCACCAGGUCACCGUCCUCUUGAACGGCGCCCCCAGAAAAGCAGAUCUCAAGUCUGCUCGCGAAACUAAAGGCCUUCAAAGAGGCGGGAUCCUCAGGGCGCAUGGAAGCCAUCUUCCGGAACACGCCUUCGAGGCCCGUAAGGCUUACUUAACGGAUGCCUUUGAGAAAGGCACGUAUCUGAAGGAACCCAAGGCAGGAAGCAAACCCAAGGGCAAUGUGAUGCAGGAUCCCGCCUAUGUUGAGACGAUGAUGGACGGCAUGAAGAAGAACAUGAUGAACAUUGUUCCCCAGACCGUCAUCAUGGGCUGGAUCAACUUCUUCUUUUCUGGAUUUGUUCUCAUCAAGCUGCCGUUCCCUUUGACUAUCCGCUUCAAGAGCAUGUUGCAGCGCGGAAUCGAGACGCAGGAUAUGGAUGUGACCUGGGUCUCGUCGCUCUCGUGGUACUUCCUGAAUUUGUUUGGUCUCCAGAGCGUGUUUACUCUGAUCCUGGGCAGUGGCCAUGCUGCCGAUGCUAUGCGUGAUAUGCAAGCCAUGUCCACGAUGGGUAUGGGUCCCGCUUCAGGACCUCAGAUGGGUCCCACAGGUCAACCCCAGGACAUGCACAAGGUCUUUUUGAGCGAGAAGGAAAACAUUGAGCUGACAGAGCACGAAUGGGGUUUGGAUAAUGUCGAGACUCGUUUGUUGGUCAAGUAUGGCAAGCUGCCUCGCUCGAUCUUGUUGGAUCAGAAGAAAGCAAAGGCUGCUGGGGCUAUUAUGUCGUCGUCGUCGGCCGCAUCUUCUUCGUCAACACCGUCAGCGGCCAUCGCUGCUGCUGCUGUUGCUGCGGGAAAGAAGAAGGGAAGGAGACAGAACUGAGGAUUGUCGGAAGCAAUGGAAUGAUGUGGCGGCAGUUGGAGUUGGAGAAGGGCGCGCAUAUCGUAGGGACAUAGAUUUUUUUAUGCUGAAAUACAAAAUUACAGGGUCGAUAAGAGACAUCAUUGGCCAUUUACUUUCUGGACAAAGUACGAUUGGAACGACUCGUGCAAAAGAAGACAGUUUGGUCUUUGUAGAAAACUUCCCGAGACCCACGCCGAUCACGACCUUGAUGCCGUCUUCUCUCUUGGCGCCAAUUGAUCCUCCAACCAGCUUGAGAAGACGGUUGGCAACCUGAUUGUACUCC